AUGGAUAAAAAUAUAAAAAAUGCAGAACAUACAACUACACACACCCCACCAAAAGCAUGUGAAGAAAAUUCUAACGAAAUGGGAAAUAUAAAUUAUAAUCAUUCUUAUUAUAAUGGAAAUAAUGGUGUGUUUCCUAUGGGUAUCAAUAAUAAAAAUAAUUCUGAAGAAUACUUUCCAUAUAACAACCCCAAUUUUAACAAUAAUAAUAACGUGUAUGGUGCAUCAGAGAAAUAUUUAAUCAAUUACAAUUACGUUGAUCCUUCUUAUUAUUCUAUAAACCCUAACCCCAUAAUUAAUAUGGGGAAUCCUAUAUAUCCAAUAGGGAAUCAAAUCAAUAAUUCUUAUAGUAAUCCUAUGAAUAUGUAUCAAAAUAAAAUUGAUGAACAAUAUAAAUAUAGUUACAAUAAUUUAGAUGCAAACAUAAAUAAUCCUUUGUAUUAUAAUAUUCAAGGAAAUAAAUUGCUAACUAGUUUUAAUCAAUCAGUUUCAUCAAUCUUUAAUAAUAAUAAUAAUAUUGAAGAUAAAAAAAACGUUUUAGAAAUGACAAAUACAUCUACUUAUAAUGUAAAUAAUUUAUUAAGAAAUAAUAUUUUAUCUUCUGAGUAUUUUAGAUCACUUAUAACUCUUAAAACAUUUAAAGAAGUUUUAGAUGAAAUUCUUUCAUAUGCUGAUCAUGCUGAACCAUAUUGCAUUGGAAGUACAAGAGCUCCUUCUACACUUUUUUGUUGUCUUUAUAAAUUAUUUACCAUGCAUUUAUCGAAAAAACAACUAAAAAGCUUAAUUGAAAAUAAAGAGUCAUGUUAUGUUCGCGCAUGCGGAUUUUUAUAUUUGAGAUAUGUCCAUUCCCCUUCCAACUUAUGGAUGUGGUUUGAGCCAUAUCUGCUCGAUGAUGAAGAAUUUACAGUUUCUGCAGAUAAAAGAAAAUUAAUGACAAUAGGAGAGUAUGCUCAAAGCUUAUUAUAUGAUGAUAAAUAUUUCAAUACAGUUUUACCAAGAUUUCCAAUAAAAAUAAAAAACAUUUAUGGCGCCCGUCUUAUGCUUAUGAAUGAUCAUAGAAAACGGCAUAAAAAAAAUAAAGAACAAAUAUCAAAGUUUGUAAAGGGAGAACAUAUUAUGGCCUAUGUCAAUGGAGAAUGGGAAAAAGGAGAAAUUGGUGGUAUAGUAAAUCAAGGGAAAGAAAAAGUUUUUGUUAGAAUCAGGAAAAUUGACGGAAAUGAAAAAAUUGUCCAUCUAGGAUAUGUCAAAUUAAUAUCUAAAGAUUCGGAAAAGGGUAAGGGUAGCGAUAGACGCUCAAGUGUUGAGAGAAGCAAAGGCAGAGGAAGGGAUAGAGACCGAAGUAGAGACAGAAGCCGGAGUCGAAGAAGAAGAAGGCGAAGAAGCAGAAGUAGAGACAAAAGCCGAGGUAGAACCCGAAACAGAAGCCGAGAUAAAAAACGAAGAAAAAAACGAAACAAUGAUGUACGAGAUAAUUCGGUGCAUAAUAAAUCAGAGGAUGAUUAUAUUCGUAAUAGAUCGUCAAAUAGAUGCAGUAGAAGAUCAAGAGAUAGGUCACAUAGAAAAAUAGAUCGAUCAAUAUCAAGUUCGGAACCUGAUAAAAAGGGAAGAUAUGGAAAAGAAAAAGAUGAAAAUACAGAAGAUGAACUAAUUAAUAAAUUUCGAAAAAUUGAAAGCCAAAAAGCUCUUGCAACUGGAAAAGAUUAUGCACGCAGACCAACCUCUUAUAAAUCAUCACUUACAAUAAAAGUAGAAAAUAUAUAUAGCCGAAAAAAAAAGAGAUCUAUAUCCCCUAAAAGAAUAGAAAUACAUACACAAACAAAUAAAAAUGAUAAAAAAAAUACCGAAAAUAUAGUUCCAGAAAAUUCAAAACUUAAAGAAUUAAUGGAAAGAUACAAUAAAGUUGAUAAUAGCAUGAACAUAAUGAGUAAUGAUGAUUUAGAGGAAAUGGAUGUCAUGAAAUUGGGAUAA